AAGUGGAAGACGAUGUUUUGCGAUGUAAAGUGUGCCGCGUGCACUAAUUGUCGCUUCGCGGAAGAAUACUCGACGCAGCCGGGACUUUGUUUGAGCGGAGCUGAAUGGAGGCAGCCUCUUCCUGGUGGAUAAACAGUGACAGCUACAGGGCAGCCACCUAGACCCACCACACAGGCUCUGGCGCUGCCCUGGCAAACAACACCAAAAUGGCUUCAGACAGUACACACAUCGCGCAGUUGACUUCUGAACUGUACUUCCUAAUAGCCCGAUUUCUAGAAGCUGGACCGUGUCAAAAAGCAGCCGAGACCCUGAUAAAGGAGGUGGAGGAGAAGGAGCUGCUACCUAGAAGGCUGGACUGGACAGGGCAGGAACACCCCGGGACGUACGAGAAUUUGGUGAAGCUAUACCGGCACAUCAGUGCAGACCACCUGCUGCAGGUCUGCUCCAGAGUUUGUCCGCUGCUGGAGAGGGAGGUCCCUGCCAGCGUGCCUGGACUCACAAGCCUGCUGGGGGCCGGCAGGCAGAAUCUCCUGCGCACCAGCAAGAGUUGCAAGCAUGUUGUGUGGAAGGGCUCAGCGCUGGCUGCGCUGCACUGUGGGCGACCACCCGAGCCGCCUAUCAUCUAUGGGAGCCCACCUAAUAUUGUCGAGACGAGCUUCAGCCGCCGACUGAAUGGCUCCUACCGUCUCCGGCAGCUGGUUCCCACGGCCGUGUACCAGCACAUGAAAAUGCACAAGAGGAUCCUGGGACACCUGUCGUCCGUGUACUGCGUCACCUUCGACAGGACGGGUCGGCGCAUCUUCACGGGCUCAGAUGAUUGCCUUGUUAAGAUCUGGGGAACAGAUGACGGACGUCUGCUGGCAACACUGCGCGGCCAUGCCGCUGAGAUCUCCGACAUGGCCGUCAGCUAUGAGAACACCAUGAUUGCUGCUGGGUCCUGUGACAAAACUAUCCGAGUGUGGUGCUUGCAGACCUGCGCCCCUUUGGCCGUCCUGGAGGGACAUGCAGCCUCCAUCACCUCAUUGCAGUUUUCUCCUCUGUGCAGCGGCUCCAAGCGCUACCUGUCGUCCACCGGAGCUGACGGCACCAUCUGCUUCUGGCAGUGGGAUUCACGCACACUCAAGUUCGGUCAGAGGCCCAGUAAAUUCACAGAGCGUUCCAGACCUGGUGUCCAGAUGAUCUGCUCCUCCUUCAGCGCAGGUGGUAUGUUCCUGGCCACGGGGAGCACAGAUCACAUCAUCAGGGUGUACUACUUCGGCUCAGGCCAACCAGAGAAGAUUUCUGAGCUUGAGUCCCAUACAGACAAAGUUGACAGCAUUCAGUUCUCACAUUGCAGUGACAGGUUUGUAAGUGGCAGCAGGGAUGGUACAGCACGAAUCUGGCAGCUGCAGCCUCAGGGCUGGAGGAGCAUUCUGCUGGACAUGCAGACCAAAUUACCCGGGAAGUACAAUCCCCCUCCGCUGGAAGACAAGGUCACCAAACUGAAGGUUACCAUGGUCGCAUGGGAUCGCCAUGACGGCACGGUGAUCACUGCGGCCAACAAUCUGACACUGAAGGUGUGGAACUCCACCACCGGCAACCUCGUCCACGUCCUCAUGGGUCAUGAGGACGAGGUGUUUGUUCUGGAGCCACAUCCGUUUGAUCCAAGAAUCCUUUUCUCAGCGGGACAUGACGGGAAUUGCAUUGUGUGGGACCUUGCCAGAGGAGUCAAGAUCCGCUCCUACUUUAACAUGAUUGAGGGCCAAGGGCACGGAGCGCUUUUUGACUGCAAAUGUAGCCCAGAUGGGCAACAUUUUGCAGCCACAGACUCUCAUGGACACCUGCUCAUCUUUGGUUUUGGCUCCAGCAGCAAGUAUGACAAGAUAGCGGAUCAGAUGUUCUUCCAUACUGACUACAGGCCACUGAUCCGGGAUGCCAACAAUUAUGUGCUGGAUGAGCAGACUCAGCAGGCGCCACACCUAAUGCCUCCCCCCUUCCUGGUGGAUGUGGACGGGAACCCACACCCACCACGAUACCAGCGGCUGGUGCCUGGCAGAGAGGGCUGCAGAGAUGAGCAGCUGAUCCCACAGAUGGGGGUCACUUCCUCAGGCCUGAACCAAGUGGUGAGUGAGCAGGCGGUGGACGGUUCCAGUCCUCUAGAUACCAUGAUUCAGAGGCUGCAGCAGGAACAGGACCAAAGACUGGGAACGAAUGAGAGCUCUACCUCUGCUGCUGCAAACACCAGAGCCAGCAGAGGAUCGGUAGGUUCACCCACUGAGGUGCACUCUCCACCCAACGUGGGUCUGCGUCGCAGCGGGCAGAUCGAGGGUGUCCGCCAGAUGCACAGCAACGCCCCACGCAGCCAGAUGGCCACAGAGGGCGACCUGGUGGCCUGGAGCCGCAGGGUCCUGGUCCCUGAACUGGAGGAUGCCUCUGUCAGGAGACAGGUGAACUGGCGUGAGGCUAAAGGGGAGGAGGAGAUCAAUAUUUAUCAGUCAGAAAGGAGGAGACGUACCAUCCACUCUCUUCCCAAGGAGAGCAGGGUUCACCUGACAUCAGAGUGCGCAGUGGAUGAGGGGAGGAGGAGCCAGGGUAACCACGGCUAUCACACUCGUGCUGCCAUGGAGGAGACGAGCCGACAGAGCGCUGAGGCAGCUGAUGACGAUGAAAGCACCUCAGAGGGAGAGGUGGAGGUCCGGCAAAUCAAUGGACAUUCCUCAGAGGAGGAGAAGGAGGAGGAGGAAAAGGAGCCCUGGCCAGAUGACCACAGUAGUUCAAGCGACUACUCCAGCGAUUAUUCUGACUGGACAGCCGAUGCAGGGAUCAACCUUGAGCCACCCAAAAAGAGUGUGAAAGUGAAAAAGAAAAGCAGCGGCUCUGAGGAGGAUGGAGAAAAGAAGAGGGAUGGGAAGAAAGAACGAAAGAAAGAGAAAACCGACAAAGAUGGCGUAUUACCAAAGAAGAAGAAGCCAAAGGAGAAGAGGAAGAGGACAGAGCUUCAGGAUCAAGGGCUAACUCUGGAGGAGUGGCUUCCCUCUUCCUGGAUCACAGACACUGUCCCUCGCAGAUGUCCUUACAUACCCCAGAUGGGAGAUGAGGUCUACUACUUCAGACAGGGGCAUGAAGCCUAUGUGGAGAUGGCCAAACAGAAAAAGAUUUACAGCAUCAAUCCUAAGAAGCAGCCCUGGCACAAGAUGGAGCUACGGGAGCAAGAAUUGAUGAAGAUAGUUGGUAUCAAGUACGAGGUUGGCCUGCCCACACUGUGCUGUCUGAAGCUUUCUUUCCUGGACCCUGACACUGGCAAACUGACUGGAGGAUCCUUCUCUAUGAAGUACCAUGACAUGCCUGAUGUCAUUGACUUCCUGGUACUGCGGCAGCAGUUUGACAAUGCCAGAAAGAGGCAGUGGCGAAUAGGUGACAGGUUUCGGUCAGUGAUUGACGAUGCCUGGUGGUUUGGGACCAUCGAGAGCCAGGAGCCCUUCCAGCCUCAGUAUCCUGACAGCCUGUUUCAGUGUUACAAUGUCUGCUGGGAUAAUGGAGACACAGAGAAGAUGAGUCCUUGGGAUAUGGAGCCCAUCCCUGAUGAUGCCACAUUCCCUGAUGAGUUGGGCAUGAGCGUUCCACUGGCAGAAGAAGAACAUAAGGAGCUGCUGUAUGUCCCACUGGACGGGGAAUGGGGCUGCCGCACACGCGCAGAGGAGUGUGAACGCAUCAUCAAAGCCAUCGACCAGCUCUGCACACUCGAUAUUGCAGCACCAUUUGCCUUUCCAGUGGACCUACAAGCUUACCCCACAUACUGCACAGUAGUGGCCUACGUCACUGACCUCAGCACCAUACGGCAAAGGCUGGUGAACCGCUUCUACAGGCGACUGUCCUCUCUGAUGUGGGAGGUUCGUUAUAUUGAACACAACACCCAAACGUUCAACGAGCCCGGAUCAUUCAUUGUCACUACAGCCAAGUUUGUCUCUGACCUCAUGCUGCAAUUCAUUAAGGACCAAAGUCUGACAGACAUCAUGCCCCUCUACAGAACUAUGAAGAAGGCUGUCUUCUCCGACUCUGAAGAUGAGGAUGAAGAUGAGGAGGAUGAAGAUACCAAUACUCCUGGAACAUCUACACGAAACCAUAAGGGUCGUCAACCCAUGCGCCGCCAAUUGAGAACGCGACCCCAUUCAUACGACCCUCAUGCAUGGAAGGGUCGCUGUAAGGAGCUGCUGGAUCUCAUCUUUCAGUGUGAAGACUCCGAGCCCUUCAGGGAACCUGUGGAUCUACAGGAAUACCCGGACUACCUGCAAAUAGUCGAUUCACCGAUGGACUUUGGCACUGUGCUCAACACGCUAACAGAAGGAAAGUACCAGUCUCCCAUUGAGCUCUGCAAAGAUGUCCGGCUCAUUUUCAGCAAUUCCAAAGCUUACACGCCCAGUAAGAAGUCCCGGAUCUACAGUAUGAGUCUGAGGCUCUCUGCACUGUUUGAGGAGCACAUCAGCUCCAUCCUGACUGACUAUAAGGCCAUCCACGGCCUGACGGAUAAACUGACCAGACAGGGCACUGACAGACAGACACGACACACUACGGACAGACAGACACGACAUGCAAUGAAGAGAAGAAGGAGGAGGAGCGACUCUCCAACUAGCAGCACUGCAUCUAGCCCAGAGAGGAAGAGACGUGUAUCAUCCAGGGUGACUGGGAAAAGAGAGCCAUCGCCAGCUCCUUCACGACCCUCCUCUCUGAGGCAGAGUGUCCCCCCCAAGCAGCCCCCUCAGCUGGUCAACGGGAAGGCAGACACACAGGCUACAGGGCGUACACGAAGUGCUGCACGCCAUUCUGCACACACUCCACCCUCAUCAUCCUCCUCACAUACUGCCGCUAGCAACCCACAGAGCGCAGCAGAAUCUACUCGCUCUCUGAGAGCUCAUAACUCUAUGACAGCUUCAACGCCACCGGCCCCCGAAAAGGUGACACCCUCUCCAGCUGUGGAAAGUAGCAGUGGAGGAAGCACGCGACGGAAACUCAAGACUCCUGUACGACACACACCUGAUUCUCCCUCGAGUCCUUCAUCUCAGGGCACAGUCCACCUGAAUGGCCACAGUAGUCAUGUGACCCUGGGUGUAGGGAGGAAGGGGCAGAAAUCCAGAGUAGAUCCACCAGUGAGUCCUCCAGAAGCCACUACCCCAGGGAGUCCUUCCAGACCCCGGGGCCGCCCUCCUGGCAAGAAGAGAGGCCGGAAGAGCAAACAGGAGCUGGAGGAAAUGAAAAAAAGCGGCAGCCACAGGAGCUCCACCCCUGAUGAUGAGCUCGACCAAUCAACGGGAGAUGAAGGGGGGACGUCUUCCGCGCAGGAAACAUCUGUGCUGUCGGACUCUGGUUUGGCAUCAACUCCCAGACGGCGUGGGCGGCCCCGAGCGGUAAGAACUGAUGAAACCACUCCUCCUGCUGAGUCACCUGAGCCCUCACCACUGAGGAGGAGCAGCAGGAGAGCCAACGAGGAGGUCACGCCUCCUCCCCCACCUGCUCUUCAUAGAUCCAGUCGGAAGGAGUCUCCAAAGGAGGAGGCCUGUGAUGGAGCAGGAGGGUCUAUGCGCACGCGUAAUCAGGGCCGACGGUCUGCCUGGUACAUGGAGGAGGACUCUGAGGAGGAGCAGAGGCAGCUGCUGUUUGAGGACUCAUCAAUCACUUUUGGCACCUCCUCAAAGGGACGCGUCCGCAAGCUGACUGAAAAGGCCAAAGCAAACCUGAUAGGCUGGUAACGGAGACAACGGAGCAGACACACAGGAUGUGAGGAGGAAGCUGGCUGCCAUGACGAAGAAGAAAUCUGACUAAGAUUUCUCAGCUCAUGCUUUGAAGGAGCGGGGAACUGAGUUGAGGAGGUCAUGCUUGGUGUUGUAUGCAUUUGUUGUGCGCAUAUGUGUGUGUGUGUGUGUGUGGAGAGCUGCUAGUCCAGCUGCUGCUAGUCAAAGCUGUGGCCUUUGAGAGACACAACAGCGCAGUUAUCUGUCCACUCCUCCUUCCUCUCAGCCCAGCGAGUACAUCGUUACGCUAGCUGAUGGCUUUAUGACAACGCAUGUUCAUUGGUUCCAACUCCUCCAACAUUCUUGGUCCAUGUUGGAUCCCACAGGAGCUCAGUGACUCCUACGCUGGUGGUCUUGUGACUGUCCUCCUGUCCCGUGAACCACUCUUCACCUCCGUCUGAACUCAAACACUGUUGGUGUCAGACUGGGCUAAACGGUAGUUGAACAGUUUUAGUACUUGAAAAAAUCACAAGGAGAGCUGGAUGCAUCUUAUCUGCUAUUUUUGAGGACUUUUCAAUCUCUGCUUGGUAGGUCAGUGACAUUCACUGAGCUGAAAUUUUUAGGUCUGUGAUGGAUUACAGACCAUUGGCCUGAUAUUGUCUUUCACUUCCCCCUUUUCUUCUUUGUUCCUGCUCCUUUCCGGCUCUUUUUUAUACAAAUGUCCCCCCUGCUUUUUCUAAGAUUUGUACGUGAUGAUCGGCUCUCCUUUUUCGGAAGUCUUACACAUUGGCUGACCUGAGCGUGUCCGUCUGCGCUAAAAUACCAAAUGGUGUACCUUUGUUGGUACUGUAGAUCUGUAGCUUUUGUUUACUGUUGAUGUGGGUGGAUGUGUGCGUGUUUUUUUUUUUUGCAUGUUAAUUAGAAAAAAAAAUAGCUUUUUUUUCCCCUAGAAGCUGUUUUUACUGUGAGGAGGACAAAAAAGGAUGCAUGGGUGAAAGGGGUCAGUUAUUAUGUCUUGAUAGAUCAUGUUUUAACAUGUCCUCAACAUUAGCAAUACCUUGUGCCUUUAUGUCUUUGUGUGUGUGUGUGUGUGUGUGUGUGUGAUGGGGGGCACGCGUGCAUGUGUGUAUAAGUGUGCUUGGCCUCUGCCCUGCAAAGUACAUGUGCCUGUAUGUGUAUGAACUAUGCGAGCGUGUGUAAUUGAAGGAGCGUGUGUGUUUUUAUAACACAACUGAGUGUGUCAUUCACUUUGAGCGUACAAACAGUGGCAUACAGUUUGAUCAUUGUGAAACCUCUCAAAGAAAUGUAUUUAUAGCUGUUGAAAAAAGACUUUACUGUUGUUGUAAAACCAUUAUUCAUGUCAAUAUAUUAUCCUAUAACCAACCUAUUGUCAGUUUAUACCUAAGGUACAGCCAGUGGAGCUUUGGGUGACUAGCUUUGAGAUGCACUUACCACAGACUGGUUAUCAAUGCAGUUGUAGGGAGUAACCCUGUGUAUUUUAAAAUUGUUAAAAAAAAACAAACAACUUUUUAAAUGUUGUUAUGUUUCUGACCACACGCGCACACAUAGACACACAAUUCUGUCUCGCAUGUUCAAGCACUUUCUCAUGCCUGGGCGAACAGGAUCGAACCAGAUCGGACUAAAUUUUGACGGAAAGCCGAGAGGGAGAGAGAGAGAGAGACAAGUCUUACGUUCAUCUUUCUGAUUGUGUGCCUUCGCUACUCUGGCAUAUCGACUCCUUGGUUUCUGCUUUUGGGGCCUUUUUUGGGGUGGGGUGGGGUGUACUUCCUGCUUGUCACUGGGUUCAGAGAACUGGACUUCGGGGACCGGACUGGACCUGACAGGCUCGUACGGAGGGCAUAUGGUAGACAGAAAGGACUGAAAAAUGAAUAGUCUGACUAGAGACAAAUAUGUCAUUCUCUGUCUGUAUACACAACCAAUGGACUGAAUUCAUAAAGAUGACAGCCUCCACUUUUAUCAUAUUUCUGUUUUCACCCCAGCACAGAGCAACUGGUUGCCAAAAUCAGCCACUUGUGUCAUUUGUUUGAUUGGGGAGAACUGGACAGUAGCAUCUAUAUACACCGUGUUCAUUUCAUAGGUUGUUCUUGUCACAUAUAAUAGAACAUAUAUCUCAUCUGUUCAUCAUUGUUUUGUUUUUUAUUGUUAUGGAUUUGUCGAUGCCAAAUUCUGUCUUUGGGCACUGAAGUUUUAGAACAUGGCUUUUGAAUGUGUUUAUUUUCUGCAACAGCAGUUUUACUGUCUCCACAGUUAGUGUGAUGUGAGCUCGCGUACAUAUAAUGUGUCAGCUGUUUUCUGUCUGUGUCCCUCCCGUACAGGACAACAUCUCAGCGGCUAGAUCUGUGGAGCUAGAAUGGGUCGUACUUCCUUGCGCUUAUUUGAGGAUACAGUUAACAACGACAGUUUGUCUUAUAUUUACUUCACAAAAGAUUUGUUUAUAUUGUGUAUUUCAAGAGAUUUAUUUCAGCCUAAAACACUGACACCUUCCUCCACAAAUAACUGUUGGUAUAAAAGUAAUUAUUAUUGUUGAGUUUUAUAUUAAAGAUAGGAAACUAAUCACCUUUGCUCACAAAGCUAUGCAUUUUGUGGGUAAAGAUAAAUUCUUCAUAGGCACCUAAAGGUUUGGGAUUUUUUUUUCUCAGUCACAAAUAAUCAUAUUUACAUAGAGGCACAGAUUAUCAUGAGUAGAGUGUGGAAAUAAAAUUUUAAAUUCCAGUCCUUUUGAACUCGGAGGUGUGAGCUCACUUUUUAACAUGAUGUUUACACAAGCCAACUAAAAAACACAGAACUUGAGAAUCCCAGGUGUUUGCUGGGCCUUGCCGUUGAUAUGCCCAUUUUGAAUCGGGAAUGAUCGGUGGCUAACCUUGCCUUUGGUCUGUCACACAGCAGCCAUUGUAUCCCCCAUCUGUAAGGGGACAGGCAGGGAUGUUCGUUAGUCCAGUCGAAGUGGGAAUGGAGCUGUCAUAUCAAAGUUGACAUCAGAUUUGUUUAUUUUGCUGUUGCCCCCUCCUCGGCAGAUCACCUGCUCUGUCUGUAUUUAACAAAUUUGUCAAGUUAAAAGAGCUGAUUUAGUAUUGCUGGUCAGGUUACAUUAACUGCGUUAAUAAUAAUGUACAACUUCUAAUCGUUUCAUAGGGGCCUUAAAAGCAAGUCACUGGUUUAUAAACAAGAACAGUUGUAUUCAUUCAUUCCCAUUUUUAGUUCAGACCAUCCACAUCUGUCCCCAGUGCUUCAGAGGGUGGAUUUAAGUUGAUUUUUAUUGAGAGGUUCUGAAUCAUUGAUUCAGCAGCAGUUCAAACCAGCCCUCUUCCUGUACGGGAACCCCGCACUGCAGUUUGGAGCUCGUGUACACACAACAUUUACCACAGGCCUGUGUUAAAGUGUGGCAGAGUUGUGCUGUUUGUGGUACCUGACCAGACAUCAGUGUUUGGUCAGAGGUUAAAGGUGUGUGUGUGUGUGUGUGUGUGCGUGCGUGUGUGUGUAAAAUAGCUGCAUGUGAGCCACCAGUGGGCGUGGGAUGGGAAAGAACAGAACGGGAAGGGGGUCUGUUUCAUGUGAACUGAUUGAAGAGGAUGUCUUUGUUAGUUUGGAUACUUUUUUAUAUAUAUAAAGGAAUUAAUGCAAAAAAAGCAUAAGGAUAGAAUGUAUGUGUAGGGGAGUACUGCUGUCCUGUUAGUUCAUACCAAUAUUUUAAGUAAAUAAACAGUUGUGUUUCCAUAUGCACUUUUA